AAUCCUGCUCUACCUGCGCUGACUCGCACACAGGUCGGACCAGUCAGUCAGUUAGUGGCAGAAACACACUGAGCUGUGUUCUACAUAAACCUGCCUCUGCGUCCACACAGUCUGUCUCUCGACUGGCCUGGGAACGCCUAGCGGUCCCCCCAGAAGAGCUGGAGGAGGUGUGUACGGAUCGAGAAGUCUGAGCGGCUUUGCUAAGGCUGCUGCCUCCACAACCCGACUCCGGAUAAGCGGAAGAAGAUGGAUGGAUUAGUGCCAAUAUCACUACUUCCGAAAAAUGUCACUCAACAAAUGGUUCAGGCACUUUGUAAACCCUUUGUUACUGGUUCAUCAUCCAUUAUGUCCUUCAGAACUGAAGACGAUGCAAGGGUCAAUUUUCAGAUGUGCAAAAGUUCUGAUCCAAAAGACCGAGUUCAGUUCUACGACAUUUGGGCAGAAACCUAUGAAAAGGACAGCAGCCUGAUGAACUACAAAGCUCCACAUCUGUCAGUCAAAUUCCUGUCUGAGAACUUCAGUGGGAACCCUGAACAAGCUCUGGUUCUGGACGUCGCCUGCGGGUCUGGAUGGGUCGCUAAACUGAUGCAUGAACUGGGCUUCAGGCACUUUGUGGGAGUGGACGGCAGUAUAGGCAUGCUGGAGCAAGCUCAAAAAACCGGCCUCUACCUGGAUCUCAAACCGGCCAUACUGGGACCAGAACCGUUGCCUGCACAGCCUGGUGUGUUCGAUGUUGUGAUUAUUGUCGGCGCUUUGCGUCAUGGUUUUGUUCCGGUCAGCAUCAUCAGAGAGCUCCACGCCGCCGCCAAACCAGGAGGCCUGAUUUGCAUGUCAAGAGUCGACCCAAAGUGUGAUUCUGGAGACGAAUACAAAGUGAACAUGGAGCGAGAGCUGCAGCUGAUGGAGGAGGAGGAUCUGUGGAGUCUGGUUGCCACCAGAGAGAUGAAAAACUACAUCAGGGAUCCUUACAGGAACUACAGUGAAGAAGAGCAGAAGAAGAGCUACCUCCACGGAACUGUGUACCUCUACAAGAAGGCAAUGUAACUCUGACCAGGGAGCACACUGUCUGAAUAACAUCAAGUAAAGAUGGUGAUGAUUACAACACUUUCUGUGCUGUGUGUUUAGGACACUUUUAUUCUAUAUUUGAAAGAGAAACUCUGUUAUUUCAUAGAGUUUUAUUGAAUUAUUACAAACACCUUUAGCAAACUGACAGACUUAUUUUUUUUUUUUUCUUAAUUUGUAUCCAGAGAUGCAGAGUUUAAAUGUAAAAGAACACACAAAUAUUGUUAGAGCCAUUUGUAUGUGUUCAGGUCAUUCACCAAUUGCCACAGUAGGUGGCGUAUUGGACAGCAGCACAUGGAAAUGCAUAAAUAAAAGAAGAGGUAACUUCUCCUCAGGUGUGCUGCUUACCAAGAGAAGCACACAGUUUUUGACCGUCAUCACCGUUUAGAGACUAAUCUUUAAGCCUUUUCUUUGUUUUCAUGCAAGUUAUAGAUGUUAGUGUGUUCAUAGCAAAGGCUGUAGUGGUACACGGUGGUAAAUAAACACAUCUUAAGUACAAGUCCGCAGAUGUUUGAUUUACUGCAUGGAGCCGCCGCAUGUCUCGGUACCAGCUCCUCACUGUGGCUUUGGGUUUUUUUGUUUGUCGAAAUCAAGUCACUACAAAUAUAAAACCAAUAAAAAUGUACCUUCAACAGUCUAAAAACAA